UGCAAAAAAAAAAAAAGAAAAAAAAAAGAAAGAAAUACGAAAAGAAGCCGAAAAACAAGAAAAAUGUCUACGGAGCUGAGAGAGGGACAGUGAGACAGUAGAACUCCGACGACUUUCUGUUCGAUGCUCGAAUCCAUUACAGAAGCUUUGAAAUUCAGUGAAGGAUGUGCAAGUGAAGAGAUUUUGGUUUUCUGUAGAUUUAAAUUUGAGCUAAAUUGAUCAUGGGUGAAGAAGAUACAACGAAAAAUACCAUUGAGAAAACAAAAAAUGAAGCCAGUGGAGAAGAUUUGAAAACAAAUACCAGUGAGACCAUGGAAAAUGGGAACAAUAAAGAAGAUAAAAUGAAAAGUAUUGUUGAGACCAUGGAAAAUGGAACCACUGAAGAUGAUAAAAUGACAAAUACCGUCGAGACUGUGACAAAGGGAACCAGUGAACUGGAAAAAACCAACGAGACUUUGCCUAAGAGGGAGGAAAAUGGAGUGAAAGAACCAGAAAUUGAGCAGGGUGCUGGUGUGAAGGCAGAGGUCAUGAAAAUGGAAGAAGAGCCCAAGAUCAAGGAUGAUGAGGAAAUCAAUGGAGAAAAGGCGAAGGAUAAAAAGGAGGAAGCUAAAGUUCAGGCAGUGGAGGAAAAUGUGAAUCCAAAUGAUAAGAAGAGUGAGCAAAGUAUGGAUAUAGAAAAUGAAGGGAAUGAGGAUGUCAAAGAUGGAGAGAAUGAGGAUGUCAAAGAUGAAGUAACUGAGGAUGCCAAAGAUGAAAGAACCGAGGAUGCCAAAGAUGAAGGACCUGAGAGUGCCAUGGAUGAAAAAACUGAGGAUGCCAAAGCUGAAACUGAGGAUACCAAAGAUAAGGUAGAGAAGGUUGAUAGCCAAAUGGAAGAGGAUGACAAGGAAUUGAAGGAUAAAGAUCCCAACGAGGGGAAACCAAAUAAAAGAAGAAAGAGAACGGGUGUGGCUAAAUCAAAGGGAAAGAAUGAAGAGGAUGAAAAGGAGGAGGCAGAAAUAAGGACUCCCAUUAUUGAUCGCCCUGUACGUGAGCGCAAAUCAGUUGAAAGGUUGGUGGCAUCAAUUGAAAGACAUUCUGUGAAGGAAUUCCAGAUUGAAAAGGGCCGUGGUACUCCACUUAAGGAUAUACCCAAUGUGGCAUUCAAAUUGUCAAGGAAAAAGGCUGAUGACACCUUCAGGCUGCUUCAUUCAAUUAUAUUUGGAAGGAGAGGAAAGGCAUUUCAGAUUAAGAGCAACAUAUCCAGGUUUUCAGGUUUUGUGUGGCAUGGAGAUGAGGAAAAACAAAAGUCCAAAGUCAAAGAAAAAAUUGACAAGUGUAAUAAAGAGAAAUUAUUGGAAUUGUGUGAUGUGCUUGACAUUCCUGUUGUGAAGGCUACCACAAGGAAGGAAGAUAUUGUUGGCAAGCUUAUAGAAUUUUUAAUAGCUCCUCAUGCUACAACUACUGUUCUCACAGAAAAAGAAAAGUCGAGCAAUGGUAAAAAGCGUAAACGGGCGGUAAAAGGAGAAAUGUCAACUCCUGGAGACAAUAGUUCAAAACAUUCACCAAAGAGUCGUAGAAAAAGGGGAAAUACUGCAAGAUCUGAGCUGACAAAAAAUUCAAGUGAUGAAGAUGACGAGUUAGAAGAAAAGGAAGCAGAAGAAGAAAAUGACAAGGAAAAUGAGGAUGGAAUCACAGAAAAAUCCGAUGAUGAAAUGUCCGAGCAGCCAAAAAGUGAAGAUAUCAAUGACCCAACUGAUGAAUCUGAGGAAGAAAAACCCAAAUCAAGUUCAAAAAGUUCAUCUAGAACGAGGGGAUCUGUAAGAAAGGCAAGAAGCAAGAAAGCUAUAGGCUCCAAUAAAUCUGAUUCAGCAAAAUUGACAGCAAAGAGAACAUCGUCAAGUCUUGCUAAGGUUGAUGAUAGUGAUGCUAGUCCAAAGGUAUUCUCUAGGAAGAAGAAUAGUGAAAAAGUAAGCAAGGCCUCAACUCCAUCAAAAUCUGCUGCCAAGGAGAAGCCAGGGAAAAAGAUUAUUAAAGGGAAGGACAAAACCAAGGAGGAGAAAACAAGGCCAAGCGACGAUGAGCUCAGGGAAGCAAUAUGUGAAAUUCUUAAAGUAGUUGACUUCACUACAGCCACCUUCACCGACAUUCUGAAGCAACUUGCUCGGCAAUUCAAGACAGAUCUCACGUCCCAAAAGUCGUCGAUAAAACUUAUGAUCCAAGAAGAGCUUACGAAACUGGCAGACGAAGCAGAAGAAGAAGAUGGCAAUGCCAACGCCGACACCGAGAAGGAUGGAAAACAGGUAGCUCAAGAGGUGGAAACUUGAGCCUAAGAGUUGGCCCUGGAAUUUGUCUUUAACAUACAAGAAAGCUCUGAAAAUCAGUCGUUGUAAAGGUGGGUGUAAUUUAUAGGUUGGUGUAUCAUCAUCAUCAUCAUCAUCAUCAUGUUUACUGCUAAUGAAAGGUUAGUGUUUCUAUUAGAAACAAGGCUUGUUAUAAAUAUUGCAGCUCUUUUUUUCCUUUUUUUAUACUGACAUAUAAUUCUGUUAGAAAUAAUAAUUUCCAUGAAUAUAUAUACUGACCAUU